AUGCUUAUGAAUCGCCUAUCCCGUAUCGUUCAAUGCACGUACUAUUUAACUAGAAGGCAAAUUCCCACCACCUGCUACCGACCAUUUUUUCCCUUGCUAAGAAGCCAGUGCCAUGAAGCUAAACACGCAGGAGCUCUUUUUCAAAUAUCAGACGAUAAAAUGCAAAAGUAUUUGGAACGGCUUCGCCUUGAAUAUUACGCGUUGAAAGUGCAGGAGCAGCGUACAAAACGAGACAUCCAACGGAUGCUGCUUCUAUCGAAUGUGGUGGAAAUGUAUGAACAGCGUAAAAUCAUCGUGGAAAACCUAAAUUCACUGAAGGAACUGAAAGAUGACAAAGACGAUGAGAUGAUACAGCUAAUGAAGGAAGAGCGCGAAGCGUACGGCAGCAUAUUGUUACGUUUAGAUAAUGAAAUCCUACACGGUAUCUUGUCCAUGGACGAUGAGGAAGAUUAUGGGUCACUGAUAAUGGAGGUGACGGCAGGGGUAGGUGGUCAGGAAGCCAUGCUGUUUGCUCGCGAACUAUUCGAGAUGUACUGUGGAUACAUCGAGUAUAAGGGCUGGGAGAUCGAAAUGCUGCAGUCGGAGGAUACAGACAUCGGUGGUACGCGGCAUGCAACGGCAAUAGUAAAUGGCCUGGACGCAUAUCGCUUUCUAAAGCACGAAGGUGGUGUCCACCGAGUGCAACGUAUACCCGAGACAGAGAAAUCUGGUCGUAUUCACACGAGCACGGUCACAGUAGCAAUCAUUCCACGGCCAGACGAUUUCCAGGUGGAUCUGAAGGAAAAGGAUCUUAAAAUCGAAACCAAACGUGCCAGCGGAGCCGGCGGUCAACACGUCAACACAACGGACAGCGCAGUGCGAAUCGUACACCUUCCCACGGGUAUUGCUGUCGAGUGUCAGACGGAACGAUCGCAGGUUAAAAAUCGCGAAAUUGCCAAACAAAAGCUGGUUGCCAAGUUAAUGCAGCAAGAGCUUGAAGCGAGAUUCAGCAGCACACAGGCACUGAAACAAUCGCAGGUCGGUCAGAGUCUGCGUAAUGAGAAGAUUCGAACAUACAAUUACAAUCAGGAUCGCAUCACGGACCAUCGACUGGAAGGUGGAACCACGCAUAAUCUAAAAGGAUUUUUAGAAGGAAGCGAGCAGCUAGAUGAUAUGAUCGAAAAAUUACGAAGUUCCCAAAGAAGAAAACAACUCAUGGACAUAAUGAACCGACAGGUGGAGCAAUGA